GGGCCUUUUCCGGGCCCUUCCCGCCGAGCCCGGGCCAUCGGCGAUCGGUGCGGACCCGCUGCACUCCGUGCGUGAGGCGAGGCGCGGGGCCAAGCCCUGCAGUGGUGUUUAAAACGAUGCCCGCCGAGCACACACGUCCCGCACGUAAGCGCGGAGCGGCCCCGCCGUGCUCGGAGCGGCCCCGGCGGGCUGAGGGCAGGGACACACCGCGGUGGCUGGCGAGAGCCUGAGGGAUCACGGACACGGACUCCUGGAGAAGGACGCCCGACCCUUUCCUGACGCGAAAUUAGCCCGAGAGCUGCUGGAGUUUCCAGAUCCAAACCUGGCCAAAAUCUCCGGGAGUUUGUCUUCAGGAGUCAGUAUCCUAUCACGCUGGUUUCAAGAAGACAUUUUCUUCCUACAAGAAAGUAAACUUUUCCAAAAUUUCAGUGGAAUGAACUCUUUCCCAGGGUCUGUAAGAGCAUGGAGGCGAUAGGCAAGAAGCAGUACCAGGUUCAGCACGGGUCGUGCAGCUACACCUUCCUUCUGCCCGAGGCGGACAACUGCCGCUCCUCCGCUCCCUACGUGUCCAACGCGGUGCAAAGGGAUGCGCCUCUGGACUAUGAUGAUUCCGUUCAAAGACUGCAGCUACUUGAGAACAUCAUGGAAAACAACACUCAGUGGCUAAUGAAGCUUGAGAAUUACAUCCAAGACAGUAUGAAGAAAGAAAUGGUAGAGAUCCAGCAAACUGCAGUGCAGAACCAGACUGCAGUAAUGAUUGAAAUAGGCACAAACUUGCUAAAUCAAACAGCUGAACAGACCCGCAAAUUAACAGAUGUUGAAGCWCAAGUAUUAAACCAGACAACCAGACUCGAACUUCAGCUUUUGGAACACUCUCUUUCAACAAACAAACUAGAAAGACAGAUUUCAGAUCAGACCAAUGAGAUAACUAAAUUACAAGAAAAAAACAGCUUUCUAGAAAAAAGAGUUCUUGAGAUGGAAGACAAGCACAUGCUUCAGCUGAAGUCAAUAAAAGAUGAAAAAGAUCAGCUUCAAGUCCUAGUAGCCAGACAGAAUUCUAUUAUAGAAGAACUAGAAAAACAGUUAGUUACAGCUACAGUAAACAACUCAGUUCUGCAAAAACAGCAACAUGAUCUGAUGGAGACRGUUCAUAGCUUGCUUACUAUGAUAUCGACACCAAACUCUAAAAACAACUUCAUAGCCAAAGAGGAGCAAAUCAGCUUCAAAGAUUGUGCUGAAGCUUUCAAAUCUGGACUGACAACAAGUGGAAUCUACACUUUAACAGUCUCAAACACUGCACAAGAGAAAAAGGCGUACUGUGACAUGGAAACUGGUGGAGGAGGUUGGACAGUCAUUCAGAAACGAGAAGAUGGCAGUGUGGACUUUCACCGGACAUGGAAAGAGUACAAAAUGGGAUUUGGUGAUCCUGCUGGGGAGUACUGGCUGGGAAAUGAGUUUGUUUCUCAACUGACUAAUCAGAAGCGUUAUGUUCUUAAAAUACACCUGAAAGACUGGGAAGGAAAUGAGGCCUAUUCAUUGUAUGACCACUUCUCUCUAGCAAGUGAAGAACAAAAAUACAGGAUUUACCUUAAAGGACUUACUGGGACAGCGGGCAAAAUAAGUAGUAUAAGCCAACCAGGAAAUGAUUUUAGCACAAAGGAUGCAGACAAUGACAAAUGUAUUUGCAAGUGUUCACAAAUGCUAACAGGAGGCUGGUGGUUUGACGCAUGUGGUCCUUCUAACCUCAAUGGAAUGUAUUACCCAUUACGACAGAACAACAACAAGUUUAACGGGAUCAAGUGGUACUACUGGAAGGGCUCGGGAUACUCUCUCAAAGCUACGACAAUGAUGAUUCGACCAGCAGAUUUCUAAAUGCUUUUUCAUUAUGUGAAUUGUGUAUUGUACAUUUUUCAAAGACUUAUUUUAUCAAGCAACUUGUCUCAUUUUUUCAAGCCCAGAAACAUGCACKAGUGUUCAGUUCAGUACAGUUCCUGAAUUGCAUUAGCCUUGAUUAGCUAAAGCUCAUAUUAUUCAACCAGGCACAAAGUCAAAAGCAUCAACCUGAUAUAACAGGGAUUUGGCCAAAUGACUCAAUAAAAAGAACAUCCAAGAAAUCAUCAGACAACUUAAGGACUCUGUUUUACUGAUCAAUUAUGUUAUGUAUUUGUUAGUAAAUAACUGGAACUGUGAAAAAACCCUAAAAUGGUUUUAGAAAUAUGCAUUUUGCCUCACCACUGAACUUUAAACAUUAAUAUAAAACACUUAGCUAGAUCUAGAACUAUUUAUCUUUCUGUGUUGUGUUUGCCCAUUAUGUACAUUAAAAAAAUAUUGUCCUGUAAUUAGCGUUACUGUGUAGUUAGGGAAUACAUUCUUUCCCCCCAUAGUCUCCUUAACAAUUUCUUACACUUAUUUGGGGAUUUUUUCCAAUAGCCUGUAUGACUAUGUUUAACAGAAAACAAAUAGCAUUUAAAGAGUUUGUGUUUAUUCUUGGGAAAUACCAUUUACAAAAAACAAUGUUUUUUUCAUUCUAUUUCAGUCACUACCUUUAAAUUACAAAAAUCCCUAUGAAUUACAAUAUAGCAUGUAUUCCUAUACAUUUUAAUGAAGAUUGCACUUUUUUUUCCUUCCCUUGUCAUUUACCUGUAAAGUAACUGACCAGUAUUUUAUAAACUGAGACAACGGCAUUAACACCAGAUGUCUGGUUGUCUAUGACAAUCAUUUAUYACCUGGUGCUGUAAUAUAUCUAUAUGUUUUGUAAAAAUACUGUAACUGAAAAACAUAUGCAUGUUCUUUGAUACAAUUAAAUUUAUGCUUAUGACUUAAGAGAAAAAUAUUACAUUUUAAAAACAGGAAAAAAAAUCUGAAAACUAUCUAAGCUCACACUAUGGGGUUUUUUUUCAGUAAGAUUAGGACUUGUCCCUAAAAUUUCUCUGUAGGUAGGCCCUCAAUGUACACCAUAAUGUGAAUAAAUUACUCUGUUGAGUGUU